GCAUUUUUGAUGUUUCGCGCCAAGGUGGCGGCGAGCCCGACGCUCGGCAUCCUCAAACUCGCAACACGACGGCGCUAUAAGCUUCGGCAUGACCCGUGCCUCUUCGUCACGAGCCUCUUCAUCUCGGUCUCGAUGAUCAUCAUGCCGCUCGAAGCGUACGUUUCUGAGAUGCUGCCGUGGACCUCCCCCGCGCCGUUCAACCCGCCGUUUGCGACCUUUGCCGAGUUCAAUGGCACGACACUAGCGACCGUGCAAGCGCUCUACAAUCGAGAUACGCUGCCAGUGGGCGCUCGCUAUGUCGCCAACCCGGAGCGCAACAGCUACGUGCUUCGUCGCCUCGUUCGCCCUCUCAAUGAUUCGUCCAUGACCGACGGCUCAACACAAUGCUUGGCGUCCUUUCUAGUGGGAUUACCCGGUGUGCUCUUCUAUGGCCCCGCGAUGAACGAUAUACUGUGUACGUUUGCAGCGUCGGGGGGUGCGACGACCUCCGGCACGUGCUUGACGGUGACCUUUCUCUCGCUCCCAAUCGCCAACGAGUGCUUGUGGCUUCAGCGCGGAAACGACUUGGCCAUGACGAAUCAAAGCGAGGAUUUUACCUUGACGUUUGCGCUGACGCAGUACCCGUACCCGUGGCUGCUCUGGCUCAAAUUUGUGACCCGCGUCGUCUCCACGAGUGUCAUUUUGCACUGCCUUUGGUUCAAGUAUUACCGCCACUACUUUUCGGUGGCUCGCUAUCUGUGCCGCCAUGGACACCAAAGCAACCUCAAGAAGAAGUAUGUGUGGUGCUACCACCUCAUUGCGGGCGACCCGACCGUGAUCCUCGUGACCAAUCCGUACGUCGUCGGGGGUUUCUUUCUGGAUCUGUGCCUCUCGCCACAUGUUAUUGCCGCGUCCGUGCUCAAAUUGCUGCAGAUCGACGACAUCACGACGCUUCUUAGCGCAGCACUCUAUCUCUUUCGCAUGGUCUGGAUCGCGUACGCGUCACUGUGCGUCACCUCGUAUGGUCUGAAAAAGUACCGCAAAGAACAUAUGUUUGCGGAAGUCGAUCCGACGCUGAUGACAAUCACGAUCGUGUGUUACGGUCCGUUCAUUUGGCUCCUCGGCGGGUUUGUUCCCGACUUUCUCGAGUGGUGGCAAUGGCUCUUGGUUUGCGUCGAGCCGGCGCCUUUGGAGCGCAUCGAAAUUCUCUUUGUUGGCGGUGUUUACAUUGUGCUCGUGGCCUGCCUCCCGCUCUCGUACGGCUUUGUCGCCGGGUAUCUCCGUUCUGGCAAGCCCCGGCACGGCGCGCUGAUCAAUUUUACCAAGUACGCGAGCUUCCAGUACAACUCACUCAAGAACCGAGCGCUCUUUACUGUUUCACAUCCGGUCCGCGGAAGCGACGCCAUUUCGGGCACGUCGUAUGGCGGCCUCAUGUAUGCACUAUUCGAUUGGAAUCCGCGGUACAAAGCGGUGCCAACCAUGAACCUCCGCGGCGCCGACUGCUUCCUCCUCUGCUACUGCAACGACCACCUCGCGUCCAGAAUGCGACUCAGCCUCCUGCACGCGCUCGACUGCAAUCUCAGUGACCCGCAACUAGCAAUCCGCAUCAACCCAAGGCCCUCACAGUACCCUGCGAACGCACUUGAGAUCACGCGACUCGCGUCGGAGACAGGGUCGUUGGCCGAGGCAUCGCAAAUCGUACUCUCUCUACCGCGCAAGCCGUCACUGUGGUGCAUCUAG